GCGGCGCCAGGAGAAGGACGGGCGAGCGUGUGUGCGUGGAUGGAGGAGGGGAGAGACGACCAUUCUCGGAUGCCCCGUCGGACCGUGGUGGUGGCGUUAGGCCUAGCGCAGCAGUGUUUGUGUGUGGGCCGGCGGCGAUGCGGCCUCGACGACGAUUCCGCCGCCGGGGCUGGGCCUAGGCUUCAACGGGAACCCAUGCGCAGCCCGGGCCGGGCCGCUAGCGCUCGGCCAUGGCCCGCUCGGGAUCGCGCGAGCUCAUCUCGCUGGGACAGCCGCGGCCGGGCGUCGCCCGGCGCCAGAACGACUACAUCGAGACCCCACUGAGGAGCAAGGAUGCGGCGGCGGCGGUGGUGGCGCAGCAGCCGGCGGCGGCCAAGAAGGCGGCUGCCGGCCACGAGGACUCCAUCAUCUGCGGCCGCUGCGGCCGAUGCCGCUGCGACGCGUGCCAGGGCCCGCGGCCGCUGCCCUCUCGCUGGGUGUGCGGCGAUAAGGUUCACUGCUCGGCCGGGGCGCUGGUCGACUGUUGCUCGUGCGUGUGUUGCGCCAAGGGCCUCUUCUACCACUGGGCCAAGGACUACGACCUGGACACGGACGUGUCGUGCGCCGAUCAGCCCUGCUCGUGCGCGCCGCACCGGCGCUGCGCGCGAUGGGCUUGCCUCGGCCUCCUCAGCCUGCUGCUGCCCUGCCUCUGCCUCUACUGGCCCUUGCGCGGGUGCGUCAAGCUUUGCGAACUGGGCUACGCGGCCUGCGCGCGCUCAGGCUGUCGCUGCGAGCGACAACUCGCCGAGGAGGCCGCCGGUUCCCGGACGCUGCUUCAGCCGCAGGAAUUAUUACGCCGUUAGGCCUCGCGGGCGAGGCGUUGUGCGUGUGUGUGUGUGCUGCUGCUGCUGGCUGCCGUCGCUGUUGUGCGAGCGUCGACGUGCCCCGCUGGAACAAGCACAGCAGCGGGAGGAUGUGCGGGCCGGUCUCGAUGGCUCAAGUGCGAACGCCGCCGUCCCGCUGGCAUUGUCGUGACUGCCGCUGCUACACGAGCUUGUGUACCAUACAGACGGCCACUGUUGUUGGCCUGUGAAUAAUAAAGGCGCAUUUGACGACGUGA